AUGGCUUCGUCAUCACAAGUUUUUCCUUUAACUUACUCUAAUUCUUCAUUUUCCUCGUCGUCCUCUUCGGAAGAUGAUCCUUUUGGGGCGUUGAUUCAACAAGAUCAAGACGAAUUCUAUGAGAUUAUGAAUUCUGUGAGGCCAGAGAUAGUUGAGCAAGUAUUUUCAGUCCGUAAAAAGAAGUGGUACAUUCAUCGUGACCGAAAGGGAAGCCACUAUCAACUAAUGAAAGACUACUUCAACGACAAUUGCACAUAUCCACCUGAGUACUUUCAUAGGCGAUUCAGGAUGCGACGAGAACUUUUUCUUCAAGAUGACAACUAUGAUGAGUAUAUUAAAAUCGGCGAGAGCACUGCCAUUAAAUGCUUGAAGGCAUUUUGUAAUGCUAUUGUUGCUGUGUAUGCAGAGGAGUAUAUGCGCCCACCCAACGAAGCCGACAUAGCACGGCUGCUUGAAGAAGGGGAGCAGAGAGGAUUUCCGGGUAUGCUUGGUUCUAUCGACUGUAUGCACUGGGAGUGGAAGAAUUGCCCAGUAGAGUGGCAAGGCACACAUAGGGGAUGA